AGUCAGUCAAACCACCGACUGAGGAAAGGCCGCAACGAGAGCGUCGACACCCCGGCUCCGCAGUCACCGCAUCCCGAGACCCGCCGCCGCCGUCCCCCGCACUCCCCCCGACACGGACCGACCGCCAGCAGCAGCCGCCAUGCAGCCCGCCUCUGCAAAGUGGUACGACCGAAGAGACUAUGUCUUUGUUGAAUUUUGUGUAGAAGACAGUAAGGAUGUCCAAGUAAAUUUUGAAAAAGAGAAGUUUACAUUCAGCUGUCUUGGAGGAGCUGACAACGUGAAGCAUUUUAAUGAAGUUAAUCUUUAUAAUGCAAUUGAUCCAAUGGAUUCCAGACAGAAGCGGACAGACCGAUCGGUGCUGUGCUACAUACGAAAAGGAGAAUCUGGGCAGUCGUGGCCACGUCUAACCAAAGAAAAGACAAAGUUAAAUUGGCUGAGCGUGGACUUCAAUAACUGGAAAGACUGGGAAGAUGAAGGUGAUGACGACAUGCCCAGCUUUGACAGGUUUUCAGAGAUGAUGAACAAUAUGGGGGGAGAAGAUGAUGGAGAUAUUCCAGAAGUAGAUGGAAUGGAUGAUGAGGAUUCGGAUAGUGAUGACGAGAAAAUGCCAGAUCUAGAAUAAAGGAAUUCGGGGGGGAAAGCUUCAGGGAUUUGGAAGCAAAAAAAACAUUCAUUAAACUGUUGAUUUCAAACAAAACAAUUAUAAGUUGAUAGCUGUUAAGGGCAGUGAUGCAUCUUUUAAGCCAUUUUCAACCUGUUUAAAGGCUUUUUCUAGGGGUCGAUGCAUACCAGGGUAUUGGAAACAAUUGCUUGCCAGUACAGUACUAUACAAAGAUAUGCCAUUGUGUGCAAAGACUUCAAAAAGCAUUGAGUUUUAAAAGUUAUUUAUUCAGUGACUGGGAUUGUACUGGUUAGUACUAAAACCUCAGUAUUGGGAGUUUCUAUACAACCUGGGGAAGUACUGAAUUCCUUCAACAUCACACACCCUAAUCCUGCAACAGUUAGAACUUUGAGGUUUCGUUAACUUUACAAAUUGGCCAGAUCCCUAAUAAUUGAUUUAAAAUUGUUAACGGUAUCAGUUGACCCUUAGGCUUCUACAUCUGUUAGUAAGAUGAGUGAUUAAAGGCUGUACAUUGUCGCUUGUGGAUCUUAAAGUGGCUGUACAUUUAGAUAACCAAAAGUGUAUUUGCACUGUCUUGAGUAUGAAUGCAAGUUCAGAGGGGAAAAUGUCAAUACACUCUCUUUAGGAUGUAUUUUGUGAAAUCUGCUCAGUACAAGCUGAAAACCUCAAUUUAUGUCAAAUGCAAUGGAAUUUUUUUUAAGCCUACAAUAUUUCUAAUAAAGUUAACACUUACACAGAUAA